GAUUAACUUAUUGUUUUAAGGUGUAUUUCUAAAAUAUUAUUAUUGAAAUUCAAUAAUGGCAAUCCGUAAGUGGUUAUGUCUUUCGUACUUUCUGAUUUGAAUUAUUAUUUACAUUUGAUAUCUUUGAUCUUACAUCACGUUUACACGAGACAGAGAAAUGCGAUCAAAUACUCAAAAACAAAUGACGGUGUCAAGUCUAUUUAAUUUUCAGUCGUACUGUUGUCUUUAUUUUAGAGCAAUAAUCAUAUUUACGGAACAAGAAGACAUUUCAUAAAUGUACAGAUAUUUUUCGACACCCAUAUUUAUAUUAUAGUUGUUGUUUUUUUAACCAGCACUAUUACAUGGGCGACAAAACUGAUAUAGUGUAAAUGAAAGAAAGCGAAGUGUUGUAGAAUUAGACAGCAUGUUUAUGCCCAAACUUUCAGACAAGAAAAGAAGUAUAAUUACAAUGCAGUAGUUUUUUUAACAUAAACGUACUUAAUGUUUGGAAUUUUUUUUCAACUAGACUGCAGUAUUUCAAAUGAAUCGUAACACAUUUUCUAUUAUAAUUCGCAGACAAUUCAAAAGUCUAUAGUAGUCAAUCAAUUGUUUAUAAAAACGAUUUCAAAUACUAAAUUGAUAAGUAUUCAAUAGUAAGCAUUCGACGUUAUUAAUCAAUUUAAUUAUGUUAAUGAUUAUUGUGGCAAACAUUAACCUAUACAAAGAAUAUGUUCAGACAUGCUUAAAAAUUAGAAAAAAACUCGAUUAUAUAGGGACAAAUAGAAGAUUAAGUUGUCAUCCAGAAAUGAUUCAGUUAUUUCAUUUAGAUAUUCGAUCUUGAUGAUCCAGUUUGAAGACAGGUGACACUGGUUAUUGUUAGUUUCGGUUUCGCAAAUUCCUCCAGUAAAGGUUAUAAAUUGUUCACUCAGCUAUCACGCAGCCUUAGCGUGAUCAAAAUACUUUUAGAGACGAAACAAAAAAUAGGCAGAUUUCGACGAAACAAAUUGACAAAAACGAUGAUUUUAUACUUAUAUUGUUAUGACCAAGCGUGCGUUGAUUCACUAAACCUUUUGGUAAAUAAUUCAUAUAAGUCAUAUGUCACAUAAAUAUUAAACAUUUCGAUCUUAUAAGAAUGUAUUUUUACGUUAUAUGCAACUAUAUUUUUUACUAUAUAAACCAUUUGUCUAAAUACAUAGAUAAUAAAAAGGCAGGUAACUCCUUGUUUUUUUUUGUUCCCCCCAUCUUGGAUGGAAGCACCGUAACACGCAUCAUUCCAUUAACCAGUCAGUGGUAAACGCAUACAAUUAUAAUGUGAUCAAAGGAAAAAGAACAGUCGAGCUAUUAUGAUUUCAGUGUCGUCGUCGUCUUGCUUAAAGUAUCCGAUUAUUUAAACAUUUUAAAAGGUAAAGACAUAAUUUUAAACUGGGAAUGAACUUGCUUAUCAUGACAUGGUGCAGUUGUACGACAACUGACAUAAAUUUGAACAUUUAUUUGUUUAUUCUUCAAUUCAAUAGCACGAUUUAGAAAAUUGGAUGGGUAAUGGUGUAACCGCGAUUGUACACUGGUGAAAUCGCGACGGCUGAUUUCAAGAUGGUAUAAUCAUGAUGGUGAAAUCGCAAUAGCACGAUGGUGAAAGCGCGAUGGUAGGAUGACACAUCGAACCAUCGGGCAGCGUGGUCUAGAGAAAAAAAGGUUACGAUUGUCGAAACAGAAGACAGUAGCGGUUACAGGAAAAAUGCAGUCAUCCAACAAUUGUGAUCCUUGUCAGAUAUCAAACAGGACAGCACAUGCUGAAUACAUUUGCUUUGAAUGUGAGGAGAGACUCUGUUUGAAAUGUGUGGAGAGGCAUGUACGAAGAAAGGCUACAGCACGUCAUAAACCGACCUUAAUAUCACGUCCUGAUUUCAUAGACACGAGAAAGGUAGGGAGGCCCAGAUUAUCAAACGUCUUCUCAGAUGAGGUAACACUUACAUGGGAACCUCCAAUAUUAGAAUUAGGAAAAAAUGGUUAUUAUCAAAUCAGCUUUAAGGAGAUUGAUCAUGAUAGGAGAUGGCGAUAUUUUCCUGGUGAAUUCAAGAAAUCAAGUGUUGUAUUAAACGGGUUAAAAUCGAACACGUCUUACGUGUUCCGUGUCAGAGCUGUCUAUGAAGAAGGAGAGGGAACAUACAGUUCAGAAAGUGCUACAGUGACUACCUGUCAGUCUCGGGCAUUUCGUAUAGCGAAUAUUAUAGGCAAUUCUGAAAAUGUUGAUCAAUCACCACAUAUACUGCCGGUACCAAUCACGCAAAUAACAAGACAAGAUAUAAAGAAUAUACGAGAAUUUCAUAUUGGCGAAUGGAAUGCAAGACACAUUGGUGAAAAUAAAACCAUAAUGCUUCUUGGGGCCACGGGAAGUGGAAAAAGUACCUUAGUUGACGGUUUCAUUAAUUAUGUUUUCGGAGUAAAUUGGAAUGAUCCAUUUAGAUUUACUGUCAAUGAUGCAUCAAAAGUUAAUGGAAAUAUGAACAAGGCCAUUAGUCAUGAAGAUUGGAUAACCAUCUACACGUUACAUCCCGAGACAGGAAGUCGCCUUCACUACCCGCUGCAAAUUAUAGACACGCCAGGUUUUGGUGAUACACGUGGUGUUGGGAAAGACCAAGAUAUGAUAGAACAAAUUCAAAUGUUAUUCUCUGAAAACAUAACAAAUUGUUUAACAAAUAUAGAUGCUAUAUGUUUUGUUCUUAAAGCACCUGACGCCAGGUUAACUUUACAUCAACAGUAUAUAUUUCAGUCGGUUUUGUCAAUCUUUGGAAAUGACGUUAAGAACAAUAUAUGUUCUUUGAUUACUUUCGCAGAUGGCAAAGAUCCACCGGUUUUUGCUGGAAUGAAAGAAUCAAGGCUUCCAUUUGGCUGUACAUUUUCAUUCAAUAACUGCUCGCUAUAUGUAAACAAUAAAAAGAUUGAUGCUGCUAGUCUAGCACCGAUGUUCUGGGAAAUUAGCGUAAGGGGGUUUCGUUCUUUCUUUGACCAUCUUGAUUCUUCUACUUCUUGCAGUCUCGACAGAACAAGAGAAGUGUUAAAAGUCAGAUUGACGAUCGAUGCCAUUGAAAAACAACUGCAACCGAAAAUCGAUAAUGGGCUUUGCAAAACUGGAGAACUGCAACAAGUUAAAAAGGAAAUAGCUGAAAUCAAAACAGUAGCAGAAAGUAACAAAGAUUUUGAAAUGUAUGAAAGUGAAAUGCAACAAAGAAAGAGGGAUUUGCCAAGGGGACAGCAUGUAACGAAUUGCUUAAAUUGUAAUAUAUCUUGUCAUGUUAAUUGUAAUUGUUCUCCAGAUGAUAAAUCUAAAUGUAGGGUAAUGAACUACAAUGGUUACUGCACAAUUUGUCCAAGCAAAUGUUACUGGCAACAACAUGCACAUACUCCUUAUAUAUUUGAAGUUGUUCCGGUAAAGGUGAAGAAAAUCCUUCAAGAAAAGCAACAAAAAUAUUUCGAACAAUCUCACAAAUUAAUUUUGAAAGAAAGAAUUGUUGGAAAACUUACCAAGGACGUAAGACAGAUAUUUAAUGAGGCAAACGCUCUCAUAGAUAAAUUACAGACAUGUACGAAUAUAUUGGGUGAAAUAGGUUUGCAAGUAAAUCAUUCAAUAGUUAUUAAAGAUCACAUAGAGGUGUUAUUACAAAGUGAGAAACUUGAAAGAAGGGAGGGAUUUUUGGAAAGAAUGUCGAUGCUGAAAGAAAUACAGAAACGUGCUGAAUUGCAAGAAAGUUUUAAUCGAUUUAGAGAAGACGUAAACAAACUCAUUUAAUUAUUUACUUUAAAUCAGUUAAGGCAAAUGUAAUAUUUGUUUAAGUGUUAGUCUGUGGCAUAAGAUUAAUAGGGUUAAAUUGUUGCAUGUAUUUUUUUAAAUUGGUUACAGUUAUUUGAAGAAAGCUAUCAAUAGCAGCACUAAUUAAUGUAUCAUCAUCAUAACUGUCAGUGAUAAAACUGCAGGACAUGAACUUA